ACACACAUUAUUUUUGCCAAUGUAUUACAUGUAAUUUCAGAUGAACAAAGCCAGUCUAACAGAGGGAAUAACGUUAGACAUUCUGUCAAAAACCAAAGGAGAACAAAAGGCAAGGGUUAUAAAUACUCAAAAUGAUGUGAUGGUUGGGAAGCAAGUAAUAGUUAUAGGGGGAGGUUCAUACAGAUCUUGGAGCAAAUGGCCGGGAGCGGCAAGUUAUGGCAUUAAGGUCAUUCUUGUGGACAUCGAAGACAAUCAUCCAUCAAGAGAUAUUGUCCAUUGCUACAUACGUUACGAUUUUUCUCAUCACACGAUGGACCAUGCGCAUGCGUGCAAAAUCAUUCAACUCAUACAAGAUCAAGGAAUCGUGGCAGAUGGUUGUGUCACUUUUUACGACGAGUGUACACCUUUAACAGCCUUGAUAUGUGACCAAUUAGGAUUAAAAGGGAUGAGUUACAAAGCGGCGAUGAUCGCCAAUUCAAAAACGGAAACGCACCACAUUUUGGGUCUAUAUGUUGACAAGUAUCAGACUAAGACUUUUUCUACAAAAUCUUAUCAUCUCACUAAAGAAGAAGACUGCAAGUUGUUGCCACAUAGCUUUAAGUUUCCUGCAAUACUGAAGUUAGACAAUGGAGCAUCAGCUAUCGGUACCUGUAUUGUUGAAAGCAGAGCUGCCAUGAAAAGUAAAUUCCAACAGAUUACGAGCACUCUUCGGAAUGAUUCCGACUUUCAAGGCAUUGGUUUAUGCUUUGGCAACUCAUUGACAACAAUGGAGUUCCACUGUGGCACAGAGCAUAUUAUUGACCUUAUUGUAUAUGAUGGAAAGCUAAUUUGCGCAUUUAUCUCUGAUAGUGGUGUUGUCAGGCGGCCUUACUUUAUUGCAACGGCAAGGCGUAUUCCUACAUUCCUAUGUGCUGAGCAACAAACAAUGCUUAUAGAUGCCGCUUUUCGAUGCUGUCUAGCAAUAGGUCUAAAAGAUGGCACCUUCAAUUUGGAUAUGAUGCUUACAGACUAUGGACCUAAGGUGCUAGAAAUAAAUACAAGAACAGGUGGGUAUGUAUUAACCAGCUGGCUAAAGAAGUUAUAUGGAGUGGAUAUCAUGCUAUAUUCAAUGAUGAUUGCCUGUAGUAUUAAACCUAAAGUUCCAGAUCUGUGUGCAAACAAAAUGAUGAUGGGUGUUAUGCUGAUACCGUCUCUACAUUCACAUCUUCAGACAGAUGAUCACUUCAAAAGCAAAUUAUGCAAGAUGAUCGAAGAUGAGGAAGUCAUCUUUUUACAGUUUCGUAAAGUUCUUAAAGUAUAUGGUCCUUACGAAAGACCUUUCGGAAAUAUAGGUGUAUCUGGUUCAUCGUCGACCGAAACAAAGCGGAAGUUGAUCAAUGUAUGCAAAGUACUUGCAAUACAUCAAGACGAAUACAACGUGGAAAAAUUUAUAGAAAAUUUCUAGAACAGUUAACAGCCUGAUACAUGUACUGUAAGAAAACAGCACUGUCAUGGUUGGUAAUUUAAAAAGACAUGCAAUAAUCGAUGAAUUAUAGAAUUCUUUAACAAAUAUCUAUAUAUCACUUAUAACUUAUAUUAGUUGCUCGUUUUUAAUCUGUUAGAACUUAGUGAAUUGUUGUGAUAAAAAAAACUAAUGUUACCGUACACUAAGAGUUAAAUAACAAUUUGUUAUCUUUUAUAACCAUAUGAAGUUAUGAAAAAGACGUUAAUGAAUUUGGGCGGAUAGCAAAUAACAACACUGAUGUCUUUCAAAAUAUUCUAUAAUAUGCGCGCAUUCAGAUAAGGAAACAAUUAUUAGAAAUAUGAAAAAAGCCAAUAAAUGGCAUAAAGCUGUUCAUUGCUAUAUUGUAUUUAUUAUAUUUAUCAUUAUAUCUAACAGUGUAAAUGCCAAUUUUGCAUACUUUGAUAUCGCGUGUAAAGUAAAAUGGUA